GAGAGCGAGAGAGAACGCGGUCCGAUCCGCGAAUGAGCCGGAUCUAGCGCGGUGAUCCAGUCCAAGAGUGAAUCAUGCGUCCCACGCUUUUGCUGCCGGCGCCGCUUCUGCUGGCGGUGCUGCCGCUCGUCUGCCAGCUGGCCCGUUCCUUCCUGUUGGAGGGCUCCGCGACGAGCUACGCGCAAUUUCGCAAAUGGAAUGCCGGCCUGAACGGCACCCUCGAGUUCGAGUUCAAGACCGAGCAGGGCAACGGGCUGCUGCUCUACACGGACGACGGCGGCACCUACGACUUCUUCGAGGUCAAGCUGGUCGAGAGCGCUCUCAGACUGAGAUACAAUCUCGGCGGCGGUGCGCAGAUCGUCACGGUCGGCCACGACCUCGGCGACGGCCACUGGCACAAGGUGCAGAUCACCAGAUGCAACGAGAAUACUACCCUGACCGUGGACGGUGUCGGCGCGGUCUCGACGUCGCGCGGCAAGGAAUUCGAGUUCGGCAAGCUCGCCGGGAACUCGGACGUCUACGUGGGCGGUAUGCCUAGCUGGUAUAACAGCAAGCUGACGCUGUUGGCGCUGCCUAGCGUGAUAUUCGAGCCAAGAUUCAAUGGAUUUAUUAGGAAUCUCGUGUACGCCGACGGGGAGAAUACCGUGCCCAGGAGGCAGGAGAUGAAGAGUCGAGAUGUCAAGUGCGGUGGCUUUCCCUGCGUCGAGAGCAUCAGUAAACGCAAGUCGCCGAGGAACCGCGGUAUUAAAAUACGCUUAAGGGAAACAAGCGAUAACGAGUUCUUCUCGCCUCAUCAAAAACCGUCGCGUAACCAAUAA